GGUCAGUGUAAUUAAAGAGAAGUUUGCUACCUGUCAGGCAAAAUUGUACUGAUCCGGGAGCGGAAAGAGAACAGACGGAAUAAAUCCGGCAGGAUAGUCCAGUAACUUGUGUUCCAGUGGUCCAGUGAUAAUGAAUACAUGUGUACCAACACCUCUAGAAGACACCAACGGCGAUAACAGAUGGAUAUCAAUUCACAAGAGAUUCGUGUCGGAGCUUCGGGACAAGGAUCCUGAGGUGAUUUUUAUUGGGGAUUGCAUCCUGGAGGGAUUGCAAUUUACAGAAAUGUGGAAUGAGUGCUUUGCCCCGAUGCAUUGCCUCAAUUUCAGCAUCCGGGAUGACCGGACAGAGAAUACACUGUGGAGGAUUCACAAUGGUGUCUUAGACAAUGUGCGGGCGCGUAUUGUGGUGGUGCACGUGGGCACUAAUAAUGUAGAUAAUACACCCGAGGAGACGGCCGAGGGCAUCGUGACGCUCGUCAGGGCGAUUCGCGAGAAGCUUCCGGAGGCCUAUAUUGUGCUGCCAACACUCCUACCUCGUGGGCAUAUGCCCAAUAAGUUGCGCGAAAAGAAUGGGCAGGUCAAUAGGCUGGUGGCUGGAUUGUGCUCGGGCAUGCCCAGGGUGCAGACUGUGUCAAUUGAGAAGGGUCUCGUGCAAUCUGACGGCACUAUCAGUCACCAUGACAUGUAUGACUACCUGAAUCUCACCAAUGCCGGCUGCAAGAAAGCCUUCGAGCCCGUCUACGAGCUACUCCACCAAAUACUCACGGAAAAUGAACCCGAGAAGGAUCUCACUCCAUCCGAAUGAAUUCUCCCGGAUCUUCCACUUGGAUCACCCAUCCUGCGCAUUCCUCCUCUCUCUCUCUGGCACAAAUACUCCUUUGUCCACUUGCUGAGUCAAAUUGCAUUUCAAUCCCAUUUCUGCACUCACCCUCAACUUCCCAUUGCACAUCCCUUUCAUCGUUUUUUUUUGUCCCUUAAGUACUUAGUAAUUUAUGAAAAAUAAGAAAACUGUUAGAGAAAAUCCAAGCUUAAAAAAUUCCAUUUUGCUUAAUUACACUGUAAUAACAAGAAAAAAAGAAUUACUUUUAUACCUCUUCAACAUUCUUCCAAUUUCUAAUUCAUAAUUGAGAAAAAAAGCAAAACACAAAAAAAAGUUAAAAGAAUUCCUGUAUUUUUUGAAGAUAAAAGAAAUAUUUUUGAAUGGAACCCACAGAAAAGGGAAUUGGAAGUAGAAUUGAAGAAGUAUAAAAAAAAAUAUUAUGGAAAAAAAUAUUGUGAUGUAUUUGUAUUAAAUUAUCAAAAUAAAUUAUGGAGGUAAAAAUUAAUACAGAUGAAUAAUUUGCAAAUAAAACUUUUUCUACACUUUUCAUUGCA